AUGGACAACCAGACGUCAUUAACAUUCACAAUGACUGCAUAUGCUGUCAUGGAAAACUACAAACACGGGAUCUUUACUGUAUUGCUCCUACUGUAUCUUAUUACUAUUAUUCUGAAUACACUGCUAAUUGUGGUCAUACACCAAAACAAAAAGCUGCACCAACCUAUGAAUGUGUUUGCAUGUAUGUUAUCCAUCAAUGAAAUCUACGGCAGCAGUGCCUUGUUACCUGCAGUUUUGAGCAUGCUCAUAUCUGAGACGCAUGAAAUAACUGUAAAAUGGUGUAUGGCUCAAGUCUAUUUCCUACACACUUAUGCAAGUGCUGAGUUUUGUAUUUUAGCUGUUAUGGCAUAUGACAGAUAUGUUGCCAUCUGUUACCCCCUUCAUUACCACAGCAUCAUGUCUAAUUCAAAAGUAUGCAAACUUGUUGCAUUUGCAAGCAUAUAUCCCCUAGUUUUAUUUAUGUGUUUUUAUUCCUUAACUGUACAACUGUCCUUUUGUGGAAAAGUCAUGCCAAAAUUAUACUGUGUGAACAUGGAACUGGUCAAAAACGCAUGCACAAAUGCAUCUGCAUCAUACAUAAGUGUAGUGGGACUUGUGUUUAUUUUAAUUCUUAUUGCCCCUCAGGUAACAAUGAUUCUUUUCUCUUAUGUGCAAAUAUUAAGAGUAUGUAGGACAUUAUUGAAAAAAUCUCAAGGCAAUGCACUUAAAACUUGCAUCCCACAUGUAUUAUCUUUGAUAAACUUCACCAUUGGUUCCUUAUUUGAAAUCAUCCAAACUAGAUUUAACAUGAGUCAUGUGGCUUUCCAGGCAAGGAUCUUCCUUUCUUUAUACUUUAUCAUCAUUCCACCAAUUACAAACCCGAUGCUGUACGGAUUGGGAACUCAGAUGGUGAGAAUUCAAAUAUUGAAGCUGUUUAUUAAGUACAAGAUCCUGCCAACACAGUUAGCAAAGUGA